AGCGAGAGGCAGCAGCUUAAGUCUGUGGACAUUUGAGCUGAAUAAAAGGUAAGAAAGCUCCAAGAGUUGUUUGUUCCAAAAUGACAGAAGCCUCCAAGAAUUCGAAAUACAUAUAAAGCGGGACUUAGGGUUUUAUUUUUUUGACUCUUCCAGACUCUUCUUCUGCUCGCCUAUACGUACACCUAUAUAUACAGGCAAACGACCCACAGUCAACGUACACUGUGAGUGAAGGAGAAUAGCCAUGGGUGGCAGGCCUCGCUGUUUUUUGGACAUUACCAUCGGAGACGAGUUGGAAGGGAGGAUCAUUGUUGAACUGUACAAUGAUGUAGUCCCCAAAACUGCAGAGAAUUUCAGGGCACUUUGUACUGGAGAGAAAGGCAUUGGCCCCAACACUGGUGUUCCCCUGCAUUACAAGGGGUCCCGUUUUCAUCGUGUCAUUAAAAGUUUUAUGGUACAAGGUGGUGAUAUAUCUGCUGGCGAUGGAACUGGAGGGGAAUCCAUUUAUGGGCUGAAGUUUGAAGAUGAGAAUUUUGAACUAAAACAUGAAAGGAAGGGUAUGUUAUCCAUGGCCAAUGCUGGGCCCAAUACUAAUGGUUCCCAGUUUUUCAUCACCACAACUCGGACAUCACAUCUGGAUGCAAAGCACGUUGUGUUCGGGAGGGUCAUCAAAGGCAUGGGAGUAGUUCGAUCAGCUGAGCACGUCACUAUUGGUGAAAAUGAUUGUCCCACAGUUGAUGUUGUUAUUUCUGAUUGUGGAGAAAUCCUAGAGGGGGCUGAUGACGGGACAGCAAAUUUCUUCCAUGAUGGUGAUUUGUUUCCUGACUGGCCUGCGGAUCUUGAUGAGAACUCUAGUGAGCUAUCCUGGUGGGUAACAGCUGUGGAAUCAAUAAAAGGAUAUGGAAAUGAGCAUUUUAAGAAGCAAGACUACAAGAUGGCUCUUCGGAAGUACCGCAAGGCUCUCCGCUAUUUGGAUGUGUGCUGGGAAAAGGAAGGGAUUGAUGAAGAUAAGAGUCAAAAUUUGAGAAAGAUGAAGGGGCAGAUAUUCACCAAUAGUUCUGCAUGUAAACUAAAACUAGGAGACUUGAAGGGAGCACUUUUGGACACAGAUUUUGCAAUGCGUGAUGGUGGAAACAAUGCUAAGGCAUUGUUCCGGCAGGGCCAGGCACAUGUGGCUCUCAAUGAUAUAGAUGCUGCAGUUGAAAGCUUUAGGAAGGCAUUGGAAUUGGAACCAAAUGAUGGAGCAAUAAAAAAGGAGUUUGCCGCUGCAAAGAAGAAGGUUGCUGAUAGGCGCAAUCAGGAGAGGAAAGCGUACUCCAAGAUGUUCCCAUAGUGAUCGAGGUAAUUGGUUCAGGCCUUUUUUGUUGUUCUCGAGUCACCUGAAGGGGUCUAAAGGUAUUGAACUUGUUAUGAAAGAUCUACUCAUUUGCAGAAGAUUUUGGCAGCUGACUGUAGGUAUUGGUAAGUUUUGUUGCUUCAGUUUCAUAAAUUAGUUAGUUUUCACAUUAAAUUAGUCGUUCUUGUGUAAUAUUUUUCUUAUACUGAUUUGAGUUUUUACAGGUCUUGAAAAUGAGAGACUUGAGAAACCAGACCCCUUCUUGGUACAUACGACAGUAUUAUUUUAUGCCUGGACCAUUCUUAAAGGCAGCACAGCUUUUUUGUAUUGUUGCAAUGCAAUCUGUAACGUUGAAAAAUUUUAGACUUUCGUGCUAGAUUACAAUUGCAAAAUUCCUACUUUUUUGUACUAUGUUUUUUCAUCUUUCACUUGAAAACUUUUCAUGUACCACUAUAUUUCUCUACCCAACUAGUAACGCACACAAUAAAUAUGACAAACGAGGGGGCUCUAUCAUUUGUUA